UCUGAGUGGAGCUGCACAUGCGGCUUCUCCCUGCUCCGUCCCGCCCAGCCUCCGUCGCGCAGGAACGGGUCCCUGCAGCCCCCAGCCCAUGGCAGGACGGUAGCCGCCUGUCAGGGGUCCUAAACGGCUGAGGCAGACGCGGCGGCUCCCGAGCCUCAGAGAGUGGGCGUCUCCGGAGGCCAUGGGCUACCCCGAGGUAGAGCGCAGGGAGCCCCUGCCUGCAGCAGCGCCAAGGGAGCGGGGGAGUCAGGGCUGCGGCUGUCGCGGGGCCCGUGCCCGGGCGGGUGAAGGGAACAGCUGCCGGCUCUUCCUGGGCUUCUUCGGCCUCUCGCUGGCCCUCCACCUGCUGACAUUGUGCUGCUACCUAGAGUUGCGCUCCGAGUUGCGGCGGGAACGGGGAGCCGAGUCCCGCUUUGGCGGCCCCGGCACCCCUGGCACCUCUGGCACCCUGAGUGGACCCGGUGGCCUGGACCCCGACGGUCCCAUCACCCGCCACUUUAGGCAGCCUUCACUUCAGCAGCAGCCGCUAGAACCUGGAGAAACAACUCUCCCACCAGACUCUCAGGACGGGCACCAGAUGGCCCUGCUGAAUCUUUUCUUCCCUGAAGAAAAGUCAUACACUGAAGCAGAAAGUAGGCGUGUCCGUCGAAAUAAAAGAAGCAAAAGCAGUGAAGGAGCAGAUGGUCCAGUUAAAAACAAGAAAAAGGGAAAGAAGGCAGGACCUCCUGGGCCAAAUGGCCCCCCAGGACCUCCAGGACCUCCAGGACCCCAGGGACCUCCAGGGAUUCCAGGGAUUCCUGGAAUUCCAGGAACAACUGUUAUGGGCCCACCUGGCCCUCCAGGUCCUCCUGGCCCUCAAGGACCUCCUGGCCUCCAAGGGCCUUCUGGUUCUUCAGAUAAAGCUGGAACUCGAGAGAACCAGCCAGCUGUGGUGCAUCUGCAGGGCCAAGGGUCAGCAAUUCAAGUCAAGAAUGAUCUUUCAGGUGGAGUGCUCAAUGACUGGUCUCGCAUCACUAUGAACCCCAAGGUGUUUAAGCUACAUCCCCGCAGUGGGGAGCUGGAGGUACUGGUGGACGGCACCUACUUCAUCUAUAGUCAGGUAGAAGUAUACUACAUCAACUUCACUGACUUUGCCAGCUAUGAGGUGGUGGUGGACGAGAAGCCCUUUCUGCAGUGUACCCGCAGCAUCGAGACGGGCAAGACCAACUACAACACUUGCUACACCGCGGGCGUCUGCCUCCUCAAAGCCCGGCAAAAGAUCGCUGUGAAGAUGGUGCACGCUGACAUCUCUAUCAACAUGAGCAAGCACACCACUUUCUUUGGGGCCAUCAGGCUGGGCGAGGCCCCUGCAUCCUAGAUUCCCCAUAUUUGGUCCCUGCCCGUGCCCCUGCCCUAGGUUUGGGAGCCAGGAUCCCCAGAACCUCAAAGUGCUGCUGUGGAGUGAGGCAUGUGUGUGUUGCAGCUGCAGAGAGAAAGGCCCCAAGGCUAUUUAUUCUCCAGUGACUCCAGGACGACAAGGCCUGCUUGCCUUUCCUGAAUGACCUUGAGUUAACAGGACAGUUGAUGAAGCCCCAGGGUUUACAUGAAGCCGAAGUGGCUUCCCUGUGUCCAUGUUGACUGGCUUAAUGGCAUGACUCUUCAAUCUCAAGGUCCCUGAUGUCAAAGUUAUCAUUUGUUGCACUAAAGUGAGGGUCCGGGGCAGCAGGCAAAAGAAAGCAGAGGUAUACUCCAGACUGGGGAGCAAACCCUC